AUCAUGUUAAAUUCAUUCUCUUUCUCAUAGAGUCCAGUAAGAAUAAAUUGUUGGCUUAUUUGUGUGUCCGCACUUCACUGAUUGGUCUAAAAAAUAAUCUUAAUGAAAAAGUAUUAUUUUCUAUAGAACUUGACCAAUGGUAAUCGAGAUCGAGGAACUCAAAUCUGAAGUCAAGUUUUUGAAAUUGUUUGAAUAAAUCGUUUGCUGGUAGUGAAGACACACGGCUCCUGCGAGAAGGAGCUGAGUGAGUCUUCCGACCAGCGUUACUUGUAGAUUUAAAAGACCUAAAAAUAUUCAAGAUGAAGUCAUAAUAUAAAUCAGAAUUCAUGAAUCAACUUCUCCAGCUGCUAUCUUGCAUAUAAAUAUCUUGAUAUAAUUUACAUACUACUGACUAUUUCAAUGAGUUUUCAACGUUAUAAUUGAAAUAUUUUAAGGAAUUUAUCGAUCAUUAAUAAAUAAAGUUAUAUUCAAUUUGAUUUAUUAGAUAUAGAUACGAUCACUUCAUCCUCAAAUGAUAAAGGCCUUUAUGAUUUGGGUACAUAUGUUUUUGAUGAAUAUUUAUUUAGCUCAAUUGGUACGAUGUUACGCGAUCGUGAUCGUGAACAAUUAAAACAAAGUUUUGUAUGUAUUGAUACAGCUAUUGAUAAUUUACGAUAA